CCGACUCGUUGUCUCGUUCUAGAAGACGUCUGCCGGCAGAAGAGUCUCGCUAACGGUUGUUUUCCCUGUUUUUAACCGAUAUCUCACCACGAUCCAAGACCGUUUUCUUUGCAUUUGUGUCCCGAGUAGCCAGUCGACGUUGAAUCCCGUCCACAGCUAAAAAACCCCGUAUAUUAAAUCGGUGUAUCGGUGAAAUAAGGGCCGCAAAAGACGCCGGAUAACCGUAUCUUUUUUUGGAGGGAAUACGGGACUGCGGGGCGCACAUUUUUCGGAAAAUAUUCAUUACGAUGGCUGACGUAGCAGAAAACGCACUCUUCACUGAUCCUGUAACAGCUAUAUCUCAGGGUAAACGGCACCUUCUUGUCCGUGAUUAUGGAAUGGCUGUUACAGCCCUUGCCCAGGCAUGCGAACUACUAGCACAGAAGUAUGGAGACACUGCCGACGAACUCGGGGAGCCCUACCUCCUCUACGGAAGAGCUCUUCUGGCUUUAGCCAGAGAAGAAACUGGGGUAUUAGGUGGUGCAGUUCCUGGUUCUGAUGAAGUAGAGGCUGAGGACGAACUCGACGAAGAUGAUAAUAACGUAAACGAGGAAAAGGAAGACGAUAAUGAGAUGGAUGAUGAGGAAAACGAAGCCAAGAAAUCUAAUGGCGCUGCUACAGAUGCGGAAAAGAAGGCCUUGACCAACAAUGAAGUAAACACGAAAACGGAAACAAAAGCUGUUGUCUCUCCAAGUAAAGGAGAGCCUAGUACCCCUGUUAAUAAAGAUAAAACUGCUAGUACAGAUGAGAAUAAAGUGCCUUCAACAUCGGAGAAUUCUACAAAAAAUGUGGAACGUAAUGAAAAAGCUAAGGUAGCAGAUGAAAAACCCAAUAGCACAGAGUCGAAAGACGAAAUGGAAUCCUCUGAAGCUCCAUCAGCUUCAACUUCCAGUGACAAAGAAGUUCCCAAGGUAACUCAAAACGGUGAGGCAUCUGCAAAUGAAGAUGAGGAAGGUGAGGAUGUUUCAAAAGAAGAGGAUGAGGAUGAUAUUAACAACCUGCAGCUCGCAUGGGAGGUGCUGGAGUCGGGAAAAUUGAUUCUACUAAAACGUGGACCACCUGGCUGGAAACAUUUGGCUGAAGCACACAGAUUACUUGGAGAAGUAGCGAUGGAAAGUGGUAAUCAGCAGGGAGCAUUGACCGACUUACAAGCCUGCUUAGAUCUCUUAGCGAAGAUUGAACCCUGCGAUCCAAGAGCCAUCGCCGAAACAUAUUACCAGCUUGGAUUGGCUUACUCGUUAGCUAACGAAUUUGACUCCAGUAUCGAACAAUUCAACGAAGCUACUUCGCUCCUGCAAACGCAUAUUCAGCAGCUUGAAGAAAGUAAGGAUUCUCACAAGAAAGAUGAUCCGUUCUACACUGUCGAGGGUGAAAUAAAGGAAUUGAAGGAAUUGCUACCUGAAAUUCAGGAAAAGAUCGCUGAUAUGAGAGACUUCAAGGAAGAAGCGUGCAAAGCCAUGGUCGAAGGUAUAAAGAGUAAAGUAGCUGCUGACUGUCUCAAUGGCGCCGGUCCUAGUGGCGACGGUGCCAGUUGUAGCGCCGAUUCAAGCUCCACGAAUCAAGCAAAGCCUGCCAGUGAUAUCUCGCAUCUUGUCCGCAAGAAACGUAAGGCAGACGAAUCUGAUAAAUUGGAAGUUGAAACACCAUCCAAGAAACCGACUCCUUGAAGAAAUAUUUUAAUCUCAAAUGAAAUAUGUUUCCCAUGUCAUUUUAAAAUACCUACUGACGAUAUUAUUGCGAUACAUUUUACCGUUCAUUUUCUACUAUAAUGUCAAUGUGUGAUUUUUAAUUAUGAAAGAAACAGUGAAAAAAAAACCGGAAAA